UCGAAAGCUAAUUUAAGUUGUCACGAUCUGUAGCCAAGAGGAAUAAAAUGAGUCCUCAUACAAAACUAAUCUUAUUAUCACUCUUCUGUACAUUCCUGAAUCUAUCACUUGGAGAAAAUAAAUGUGAGGAGUGCAUGUCGGAUAAUGAGGCGUAUUGCGUGGAUAAAACAUCUUAUUACUUGUGUAUGAAUGGCAAGCCAUUAAAGUCAACAUUGACCAACUGUCCGGAAGAUCAUGUUUGUACAAAUUCCGCUAAAAUUUGUGAACCAGAAUCUGUUGCAAAUAAACCAAUCUGCGAUUCAUCCUGCAAUAAGUGCCCAACAGAUGGAAAAUACACUUGUGUAAGUAAAACACAAUUCGGCCGUUGUAUCGAUAAUGAAGUUGCCAUAGUAAGUUCCUGUGAAAGUGGUUCAAUUUGUAAUAUCGACAUGUUAGUAAAAGCUGGACAAAUAUGUGCACCAACAUGUGUUGUUGACUUUUUUGGACUUUCUGCUACUUGCAGCAACGAUAAACCGAUUACCACAACAGUUGCUCCACCUACAACACCCAAUGUAUCUAAUCUAAAACAGAAAUGUAAAGAUAACGAACAAAAUAAGAAGAUUUAUUACGUAAUCAAUGACACUGAAUGUAAAACUUAUAUCUAUUGCGAAAAAGUUGGUGAUGAUGUACAUGCACUUCUCAUGAAAUGUUCAAACGGUUUUUACGAUGUUAAUCUUAAUAAGUGUGUCACACAACAACCGGAAGGAUGUGAUGCUAAUUCGAGUUCACCAGUGGAGUCAACUACUGUACCAGUCGAGUCAACUACUGUACGAGUCGAGCCAACUACUGUACCAGUCGAGUCAUCUACUGUACCAGUCGAAUCAACUACUAUAUCUGUCGAGUCAACUACUGUACCAGUCCAGUCAACUACUGUACCAGUCGAGUCAACUACUGUACCAGUCCAGUCAACUACUGUACCAGUCGAAUCAACUACUAUAUCUGUCGAGUCAACUACUAUACCAGUCGAGUCAACUACUAUACCAGUCGAGUCAACUACUGUACCAGUCCAGUCAACUACUGUACCAGUCGAAUCAACUACUAUACCAGUCGAAUCAACUACUAUACCUGUCGAGUCAACUAGUAUACCAGUCGAGUCAACUACAGUACCAGUCGAAUCAACUAACAAAUAAAUAUUGUUACCUUUU